UUUACCGCUUUCCCUCCCUCUUGUCAGUGUGAAUAAUCAUCAUAAUGGCUGAUGGUUUCGAAUCUCAUACUGUUUGUGCUCCCAAAGAAACCAUUUCUUUCACUGAGAAGGCCAACUCUGUAAAGAUGACAAGCAUUUCUGAGAAGCUCAAUGUGGAUACUCAAGAAUUUGAUGUCACACACAAUACCCAUUUGCCGCCCAAAGAUACAACAGAUUUUGUGACCAAAGAUGAGGGGUCUGUCAGGUGUUCACUCAAGAUUGAAGUAAUUGAUGAUACAGCAAUGAUUGAUAUCUCUCAAGGUGGAAAAAGUCGCACAGUUGAUAAAAGAUUCAAAUCAAGAACAAAUAAGAAGAAAAAGAAUGCAAACCAUCAAGUAGAAAAAGAGAAUGGAGAGAAAAUGGUGGCAAGAAAAGCAAAGGAAAAAAAUGUGCUUAUUUCUGAUGGCUGUAAUAGAAAAGGAGGAGAAGAGAAAAUGGUUUAUCGUAGAAAAGAGUUGGAAAAAUUGAGAUUUAUUGGAAUCGAAGAACAGAGGAAAAAGUGGGAUGAGGUGUACUGUGGGCUUGAUGAUACUGUGAAAAAGGAGUACGAUGGCCUCCUUCAGUCUAAUACUCAAAAGCAUAUUCGUGGGCGCCUUGGAAAAGAAAAUACCCCUGUGAUUUCUGGUAAUGACCAUUCAGAGCACUUGGAUGAUCAAGAAGGGAAUAUAGACACUAGAAAUUCUCCUUCGGCGUUUCCUCUCAGUAGGGAUGAUGGCAUCUCUUAUGAGGGAGAAAGCGAUGAUAGCAAUGACGAUUAUAGUAGCAUCCAAAGACCUGCCUUUAUAGUUACAGGCGAGCCUGACUUUGAUUCUGGUCCUCCUGAAGGUGGGCUUGAGUAUCUUAGGCGUGUCAGGUACCACUUUUCUAUUCGUGUCUAA